GGUAUCAGCAUGCGAUUGGUCAGCCUUGCGCCUUACCAUCUUUCGCAGAUAUUUGGUUGCAAGUCUUCAUCAUUGAACUCUUCCGAAUCCCAUCAACCCUUGUCUCAUGCUUGACCUUGUCAACACCUCACGAACAGAAGUGUCUGUAUAGAACCAUCCCUUGUUCCGCGUUGGAGAUGCACGAAGCUCUUGGCUCUGGUGGAGUGAUCAUGAAGCAAGCACGUGAACCGUGGUCUGACAUUGUUGAAAAGUCCCGCAACAAACAACUGCUACCUAAAACCCUCGCAGUCGGCCCUACCCAUGCUUCUCUGAAUGAACACAGAGGUGAGUGUAUCUAAGAUCCUGUCAGCUGUUCCCGAGGUAGCUACCCCACAUAGGACGAUGGUCUGGAUGGCAUAAACUGGUUGGUGGACGUCUUCGUGCAAAGUUCUCACAGCAGCAAUCUUUUCACUUCUCGUCUUCUUCGCAACUUUGGUAUACGAUCCUUUACGCAAUAUGGGCUCGAUCUUGCAGGCUCCGUCAGUGAAACAAAGUGUGAUUGUGGUUGGAUCAGGACUCGCAGGUCUGUCGGCCGCCUCCGAGCUGGUCGCCCGAAAUGUGCCUGUUGUUAUCCUUGAGCGGCAGGCGAAGCCCGGAGGGAAUUCGAUCAAAGCAUCCAGCGGAAUUAAUGGCGUACCAACCCGGUUCCAACCGCCAGGAUUGGACUCCCUGCAACAUUUUCUCGACGAUACCAUAAACUCCGUCAGCUCCAGCGUCAUGAGCACCAUGACUGAGACACGACGAAGCUUGAUAUCAACAUUGACGAGCUCUUCUGCGUCCGCCAUCAACUGGCUUGUUGAUGAGAAAGGAGUUGAUCUGUCCCGAGUUGCACAGCUUGGUGGCCACAGUCAUGCGCGGACUCACCGCGGCGCUGGACAAACGCCGCCUGGAGCAAGUAUAAUUACCACCCUGCUGAGCCAGCUCAAGGCCAAUCCAUUGGUCGAAUUACAGAUAAACACGACAGUCACGAAGGUGUUGACGUCGCAAGGUGAAGUCAUCGGAGUCGAGAGCCAGCAAGGCGGUAAUGUGCAAACGUUGCACGGCCCUGUGGUAUUUGCAACGGGUGGGUUUGCAGGCGACUCCACUGGUGCUCUUACACGGUAUCGUCCUGACCUGCAUGGCUAUCCCUCUACCAAUGAAGCGCUCCCUGGCAGUCAAGAUCUGUUGAGCGAGAUCGGAGCGCAAUUACUCGACAUGGAUCAAGUCCAGGUGCAUCCGACAGGAUUCAUCGACCCCAAAGACCCAUCGAAAACGACAAAGUUUUUGGCUGCAGAAGCGUUGAGGGGCGAAGGCGGCAUCCUUUUGAGGCGCGGGAAGCGAUUCGUCGAUGAAUUGCAGACUAGAAAAGUGGUAACUGAAGCAAUAACUGCGCAACCACCUAGCACGACCGAAGGCACCAAACAGUGGGAUAUCGUCCUCCUUCUGGACGAAAAGACGUACCAAUCAACAAAGUCACACGUCGAUUUCUAUCUCUGGAAGGGUUUGAUGCAGAAGAAGACGAUUUCGGAGUUGGAUCAUUCGGACGUUGUGUUGGAGACGCUUGAGCAGUACUCAGAUAUUGUACAAGGCAAGGAGACUGACGCUCUCGGAAGGAAGUCAUUCGGCAACUGGGCCUUGCGAGAGCCGAAACCUGAUACUGUCGUAUAUGUCGGCAACGUGACGCCAGUAGUACACUAUACCAUGGGUGGUGUCCUCUUCACUCCUGACGCUGAGGUCCUUGAUGCGGACGGGAAGGCCAUCGAUGGGCUGUGGGUAGCAGGCGAGAUUACGGGAGGUAUACAUGGUGCCAAUCGUUUGGGAGGCAGCAGCCUGCUCGAGUGUGUGGUGUUUGGACGGAUAGCAGGCCGCAACGCCGCGCGAUAUGUCGAGACAACGAGUGACAAAAGAUGAGAAUAGAGAUGAGGCAGGUCAGUAUGGCGCAGGCGCAAGGUGUCCAUCAAAAUAGCUUUGACUAUUGGGCAGUGACUUCAUCGUCAAUGGUUUGUGAAUUAGUUGUGGUGGUUGCCAAUCAAAACGUAUGAGACAAAGAGGAUGACACAGGCAUGCAACUAUCCGCUGGUCAAUAUUGGAAUUGCGAGAUCAAAUCUACAGCGAUUGUCUUCGGGAAGCUUGUACUC